AUGGCUGGAGCCAGUAGCAGUCCAUGCCAGACCGUCACGUCAACCGGGAGCGUUUGCCCCACAUUCUUUCUCAAGGCUUGCCUUGCCUUGUCCACCAUUCAGAACCGUUGUGGUUGCCCGUCGACAGUCCCGACAACAACCGUCAACUACCCUUGUGACGGAGCACGACCUACCGGCUGCAUGGGAACAUCAUACAUCUACGAGACCGCGGUCCCCACGUGCGACGGACAUACCCUCCCCACCACAGUUAUCCCGACUCUUGUCACUAUUACCACGCCUAUCGCGCCAACCCCUGUUGGACCGGUGGCUUGCCCGACUGUCUUUACACGGGAGACCGUUUGUUCUACGUGCAUUCAGCCCAUGUGCGUGGAGUUCUCCACCAUAUCUCGGCUCUGUCAUUGCCCAACUCAGGUUCCCACUAUCACUCAAGCUUUUCCAUGCGGCGGAGGUUGUCCUGGUGGCUGCGCAGCCACUCAAUACUUUAAUGCCACAGAGACACCCGUUUGUACCAGAUAA